GUGCCACAGAUUUGACCGAUAAACUGAAUCCUUUUAUAUUUAAUUUUUAUUUUAAUCUUUUUAUUUUUUAUCUCAUUAACAUAUUUCGCAAGAUUUGAUGCUCAAUUAACUCAAGAAGAAAAGUCUUCAGAGAAUCUUUACACUUUCUCGUGUGAUUGAAAAUGAUAG